CUCCCUCUUUCACAUAAACGAGAGAGUACCACAAGACGAGAGACCAAAGACAUUUGUGGAAAUUCUUCUUGGCCAUUAUGCAAUUGAAACCCAUCAACGCCUUGGCAACAACGCUCAUGUUCGGCUUUGCACUGAUCGUCGUCUUCCUCACAGGCUUUCUUGAAUUCCCAUCCGCCAAAUUCUUAAUCCCAUCGCCCAAAGACUCGAUUACCUUGUCCCCGUCAAAUUCGUUUCCAGACCCCUUCAAAGACUUGUUCAAAGCUUUCAAGAUUUGGGAUUCGCAGGUCGGCUGUUCCAAAUUCAGUGAAAAACACGAGGAUUUGCUGAGAAAUGGGUCAAAGAUCGCGUCUUUACAGAAUGCCGAUGGUGAGAUCAGGUGCGGCGACUUGCAGAUGAAGCACGUCAGUGUUCUGGUCAAAGGGUGGACUUGGAUUCCGGACAACAUGGAUAAUCUGUACAGCUGUAGAUGUGGGCUGAGCUGCUUGUGGACUAAAUCUCAAGUUCUUGCUGAUAACCCUGAUGCAAUGUUGUUCGAAACUACGACUCCUCCGUUUCGGAGACUAGCAGGUCACCCUCUUCGUAUAUAUAUGGAUCUUGAAGCUGGUAGGAAAAGGUCAGGCUAUGAUGACAUUUUUAUCAGCUAUCAUGCCAAAGACGAUGUCCAGUCCACUUAUGCCGGGGCCCUCUUUCACAACAACCGGAAUUACCAGUUAUCUCCUAUUAAGAACAAGGAAACACUCGUCUACUGGUCCUCUUCACGGUGUCUACCCGAAAGAAACAAGCUAGCCAAGAAGCUGCUUAGAUUACUCCCGACACACUCUUUCGGCGAGUGCCUCAACAAUGUGGGAGGCCUCAACCGAGCCCUCUCCUUUUACCCAGAGUGCAGAAAGGACCCGAACGCGGCACCUAACUGGUGGGACCAUCUCCACUGUGCCAUGUCACACUACAAAUUCGUUCUCGCCAUCGAGAACACGAUGACCGAGAGCUACGUGACCGAAAAACUCUUCUACGCUCUCGACUCAGGGGCUGUUCCCAUUUAUUUCGGGGCCUCCAACGUGUGGGAUUUCGUGCCACCUCAUUCGAUCAUAGACGGGACUCAGUUUGGGUCGUUGGAUGAAUUGGCUUCUUAUGUUAAGUCGUUGGCGAACGACCCUGUGGCUUAUGCUGAGUACCAUGCUUGGAGGAGGUGUGGGGUUUUGGGUAAUUAUCGGGAGACGAGGGCCACCAGCCUGGACACGUUGGCUUGCAGGGUUUGUGAAGCCGUGAGCAGGAAAAACGGGAGGAAUGCGAAAGCUUUGUGAAAACUGAAAAGAAGAAAAUAGAUGAGAUUUUUGGAUUGGGAGUGUGUGAUUUUGGGAGAGAAGCUGUUUAAGGUAUAUAGAAAUAUACAGCCUAACAAGAAAGCAAUGAGAAUGAGAUGUGGAGGACUUGAGCUGUUGGGGAUUGGGAAAAAGAUGGUACAGAUAAUGUUUUUUUGCUUCCGAAGUCCUAACUGAGCAAUGUCUUGUCUAGAGUUUGCUGACAUGUUUGCGGCCUGAGAAUGUACAAGAUGGGAUGUAUUCUUAAAAGAUGUGCAAUUACCUAUGAAAAAAUAGAUUCUAAAUUGUUUGUAUUUUGAGCAUUUGUGUUUUGUAUGUCUUCAUGAUUUUCCAUAUCUUAAAUUUGACAUUGCAUGUGUGACACAUUAAUGUGUUAGUACACUUUAUAUAGUAGGUUCGUAUUUCAUUUAAGAUCAUAUUCCAUAG